AACCCAACUUAACAUCAUGGCAAACCAAGCAGGUACAAACUCCGCUGCCCAAGGGCGCAUCUCACAAGUCGCCGGACAUAUGCAGCCAUCAGGAAGACCAUCACUCCUCGAAAAGCACCCUGAUGACAUCGUCGUGACCGCUGCGCUGCGCACAGCAAUCACGAAAGGUGGUCGUGGAGGUUUCAAGGACACUGCAGGAGCCGAUCUGCUGCACGGCGCCUUCAAGGGUCUCCUCGAACGAUCUGGCAUUGACCCGAGCUCAGUCGAGGACAUUUCUGUGGGAUGUGUCCUCGCUCCUGGCGGCGGUGCCACUGAAUUCCGCGCCGCAGCGUUGGCAGCUGGCUUCCCAGAGACUACGGCAGUGAAGAGCUUGAACAGACAAUGCAGUUCUGGCCUGCAAGCUUGCGCAGAGAUCGCCAACGCCAUCCGUGCGGGCAUGAUUGAGGUUGGCAUUGGAGCUGGUGUAGAGAGCAUGUCCACACAAUAUGGCCCACAGGCCGUGACUGAGUUCAGCGAGCUUCUCGAAAACCACAAGUCUGCUGCGGAAUGUAAAGUUCCCAUGGGACUUCUCAGUGAGCAGAUGGCCAAGGACAAGAAGAUCAGCAGGGCGGAGCAGGACAAGUUUGCCGCCAACAGCUACAAAAAGGCAAUGGAUGCGCAGAAGCAAGGCUUGUUCAAGGAAGAGAUCUACCCAUUGAAGGCGAAAUGGCAAGACCCAAAGACUGAAGAAGAGAAAGAGCUAGUGGUUGACCGCGACGACGGCGUGCGUGAAGUGACCGCAGAGUCAUUGGGAAAGAUCAAGGCUGCAUUCGCAAAGGAUGGUUCCAUCCACGCAGGCAACGCCUCACAAAUAUCGGACGGAGCUGCAGCAGUUCUGCUCAUGAAGCGAAGCACCGCUGAGCGUCUGGGCCAAAAGGUCAUGGGCAAGUACGUUACUGCCUCGAUCGUCGGUGUACCACCACUUCUCAUGGGCAUUGGUCCUUGGAAGGCGAUUCCCGUUGCGCUGGAGAAGGCUGGCAUUACGAAGGAUGAUGUCGACAUCUAUGAAAUAAACGAGGCUUUUGCGUCCCAGUGUCUGUGGUGUGCCAAUGAGCUUGGCUUGGACCACAGCAAGAUCAACCCCAAGGGAGGAGCUAUUGCCUUUGGCCAUCCUCUUGGAUGCACUGGUGCAAGACAAGUCAGCACGUUGCUCUACGAGCUGAAGCGAACCAACAAGAAGAUCGGUCUAACAAGCAUGUGUGUCGGUACAGGCAUGGGAAUGGCGGCAGUCUGGGUCGCGGAGUAGGUGUAAUGUUGACGAGGAUGUUACGACAGAGAGCGCACUUUUUGGUGCGUGAGGCAAGACAGUCUUAACGUAUUGGAUCUGUCAGAAUCCUGGAUUACAGACGUACAAUGAUGCUGGUUCGGGUCGAAACUUGGUUGCUGAGCAUCUCAGCUCGAGGGUGUUCGCCGCUCUUUCUGCUUCGUAUGUAAGAUACCAUGUCGGCAGUGUUAUCAGCCAAGACAGUCAUCAUGC